AUGCCACAAGAUGCGGACGCUGCCAUAAAAGUUCUCCUCCUUGGGGAUAGUGGAGUGGGGAAGUCCUCACUUAUGCUCUCCUUUGCUUCAGGAACUUUCGACCCUGACAUCAGCUCGACUAUAGGUAUUGACUUCAAGGUGAAGACUGUGGAGGUUGUUGAUUCGGACGGUACAAGGAAGAACGUUAAUCUGCAUCUCUGGGACACAGCGGGGCAGGAACGCUUCCGGACUUUGACAAGCUCGUACUACCGUGGAGCUCAUGCUGUUGUGCUGGUGUACGACGUGAAUGAACCGCAGACUUUCCAUGGUCUCCAAAGGUGGAUCGAGGAAGCAGACGCCUUUUGCCGAGUAGAUGGUGAUGAUGAGGCGGUGUAUUUGCUCAUUGGGAACAAGAUUGACAAGUGUGGCCGAGGAGAAGGUACUGAAGGUGAGGCGUCCUCUUUAAUGGCUCUACCAAAAGAACAGGCUCAGCAACUUGCACAGAGACGCCGCAUGCUAUUAGCAUUUACAUCAGCCAAGACGCGAGCAGGUGUCCAACAGGCAUUUGACGAGCUUGCGCGGUCAGUGUACGACAAAAAGAAAAUGAAGAGCGGUGACGAUCACGCAUCUGGGCUCAAUUUCAACAAGCCACAACGCCCCCCCACUCGCGGCACAUGUUGCUAA